AUGGCACAAGACGGACCUCAGCCAGGUUGGAAGGGUCUCCUUGGUGCUGAGGCGACAAAGUUUGUAGGCCAGGAGACGCAUGAUAUACAUUUGACCGAUUUCUUCGGAGAGGAUGGCCGCAACAGGGUUCGACAGGCUGGGCAUUGUAUCGCACCCUUCGUGACGACCCUGAUCUGGCAGGAGACGCCUCCGCCUGCCACCCCCGACAUGUCCAAUGUUUGGACUCCGACAAACGAGCCUUCCGGCGACUUUACGCUCACAAUCCAAGGUAUGAACCUGCCAAUCCAAAACUUAAAUCCCCCUACAAUCCAGGUUAAUCAACCCGCCUGGCUGCAUAUGGGGGCUCAGAUGCCCGGAAUUGUGAACGUUGGUGGAGUUGCGCAAACUGGAUAUCUUCUUCCUUGGUUCACCAAAAUCAGAGUGGAUUAUCACCCUGAGGGCCAAGCCAGAAACCUACAUUACUACAAGCACGAGGCUCGUACAAGCCAUAUGCAACCUCCGCGGUAUAAGAUCGUCAAUCCGGUGCAUCGAGAGAUCGAGGCCUUAGAGUACGGGACUCAUGUUCAGGCUUAUCGGAGGGCAAUCCGCCGUUAG